AUGGCAAAGUACACAUUCGACGAGAACGGCGACACGUUCAACUUCUUCGUCCUCACCACCCUCGCCAUCAUCCUCAUCCCCGUCACCUACCUCAACAUCUUUAAGAAGACAGUCGUUACGGCAAAGAAAAAUACUUGCCCUUGCGAUGCCUGCCACAAGAAGUCUUCCCGAGCUGCCGCCCCCCGCAAGUCCACAGGAGUUGGCAAGAAGUCAAUUGGUAUCCUCCUUGGCUGGAUCGUUUUCGCUUUCGUCGCCUACCAGGUCUACAUCACCCCUUCGCCCGAAGUCCUCAAGUGGAACCCCUUUGACAUUCUUGGCGUUGCCGAUAAUGCUACCCCUAAACAAAUCAAGUCAGCAUAUCGUGGACUGAGCAAGAUCUGGCAUCCUGACAAGGUCAAAACCGACCUGCGCGAGGAGGCUGACACCAAGAUGGCCGAGAUCAAUAAGGCUUACGAAACUUUGACUGACGACAUUACCCGCGAGAACUGGGAGAAAUACGGACACCCCGAUGGUAGCAGGAACUCGAUGACCAUGAGCAUUGCCCUUCCCACCUGGUUGGUCGAGGCACACAACAACUUCUGGGUCCUUGCUGCCUACGGUAUUGCCUGCGGUCUGAUGCUUCCUUACUUUAUCGGAAAGUGGUGGUACCGCUCUGGAGACUUCACCAAAGACAAGAUUCGCACCAAAACCAUGGGCGUGUUCUUCAAGCAAUUGAAGGAGACCACCAAUGCCAAGGAGAUCGUCGAGAUUCUGUCUCUUGCAGAGGAGUUCAAGGAGGAUAUCGUCAGCCGCCCCACGGAUGAGGCUGCUCUGGAGAAGCUCGGUGCCCAGGUCAACACUGCUUUGGAGAACAAGAACGGCGAGAAGUUUGAAUACACCAAGAAGACCACCUCGCCUGCCCCUUUGAAGGUCUUGACCUUGUUGUAUGCCCACACCCUAAACGUCCCCGUUGAAGACAAGGAUCUUGCCCAAGACCAAGUCGAUAUUGCUUCCAAGACUUUGCACUUGAUCCACGGAAUGAUCCAGAUCACUACUGCACGCCAAUGGCUCUCGGUUUCCCUUGCUUUGAUGGACAUGUCCCAGAUCUUGGUCCAGGGUCUUUACUUCCACGAUUCGCCCCUCCAGCAGUUGCCCUUUGUCGAUACCGAGGCUAUCAAGGCUCUUAAGGGCAAGAACCAGGUCAAGUCGAUUAGCCAGUUCAUGGACAUGGAUCGCGAGGACCGUGGUGCUCUUCUCCAGGAGGGCGUCACUGCCGAUCAGGUUGACCAGGUUGCCACCGUUGCUAAGCAGUACCCCGAGUUGAAGGUCCACAAGGCGUUCUUCCGCGUUGCGGGCGAUAACAUCAUUACCCCAGGAUCUCUUUGCACGUUUAUUUUGAAGGUCAGCGCCGUUAUCCCCGGUCAGGAGGUCGAGGAGGAGGAGAAAGUUGUCAAGUCUGCCAAGGACGAUGUCGACGCCUUGUUCGACGGUGUUGAGGACAGUGAGGAGGAUGAGGAUGGUAACAUCAAGCCCAAGAAGGAGGACAAGACCCCUGCCCCUGCCGUUCAUGCCCCUCACUUCCCCGGCGAGAAGAAGCCUUUCUGGUGGGUUGUUUUGGGAGACCACAAGAACAACCGUAUUGUCGUUGCCCCUACCAAGAUUGCCGAUGUGACCUCGAAGCCCAAGACGAUCCGCGUCCAGUUCCAGUCGCCCCCUCGCCCUGGCCAGUACUCGUUCAACCUGUUUAUCAAGUCUGACUCGAUCUUGGGAGCUGAUGUCCUCCAGGACAUGACCCUGACUGUUUUGGAUGCUUCCCAGUUGCCUCCUGAGCCCGAACUGGACGACGAGAUUUCUGAGCCUGACGAGGAUUCGAUCGCUGGUCAGAUGGCGUUGUUGAAGGAGCAGGGUUUGGCAGCAGCGGCCAUUGGUGGUGGUGGCCAGAAGGCCGCACCUCCUCAGAGCAAGGGCAAGGGCAAGGCGCCCGAGACCGACAGCGACAGCGAUAGCGAUUAA